UUACGACGUUACACUCUGUACUUCCGGCGCUUGUUUGGCCGGUUGUUUGAAAUGAGAACGCUGGCCAUAUAAAGGAUACUUUAAACGCUUAAAUGGCAGGUUCACUAAAUUUGGACACACGCUUGGGAGCAAUAAGAGUCCUAUAGAGUGUAGUACAGGUUCACCUUCAGCGUCUCUCCACCGGACUAUGUUCAAAAAGAUGACUGAAUUCGGUCCAGAUUCCGGGGGGCGAGUUAAGGGAGUGACCAUUGUGAAGCCCAUUGUGUUUGGGAACGUUGCCCGUUACUUUGGGAAAAAGAGAGAGGAGGAUGGACACACACAUCAGUGGUCUGUCUACGUGAAGCCUUACAGAAAUGAGGAUAUGUCUGCUUAUGUGAAGAAGAUCCAGUUCAAGCUUCAUGAGAGCUACGGUAACCCACUGAGAGUGGUAACUAAGCCUCCAUAUGAGAUCACAGAGACAGGCUGGGGGGAGUUUGAGAUCAUCAUCAAGAUCUUCUUCAUCGACCCCAACGAGAGAGCUGUGACUCUGUACCAUCUGCUGAAGCUGUUCCAGUCUGACUCCAGUGCCAUGCCCAAGAAAACAGUCGUCUCUGAAUUCUAUGAUGAAAUGAUCUUCCAAGAUCCUACAGCCAUGAUGCAGCAGCUACUGACCACAUCAAGACAACUCACCCUCGGAGCAUACAAGCACGAGACAGAAUUCAGUGAGCUGGAGCAGAGGACUAAAGAGAAAAUGGAAACCGCAAAGAAGAGAACCAGCCAGGAGAUCACAGAGCUGAAAGACAAACUAAAAGCCAGCAGAGAAAACAUCAACCACCUGAAGGCGGAGAUCAGGAAACUGGAGGAGGACGGAGACCACAAGGAGCACUGAGACAUGGACUAACACACACGUGUUAUGAAAAACAAGGCAUUUUUGUGACCUCUUGCCAGUUUUUAAUUUGUUUAGUGUGUUUUUUUGCACACAAACACUCAAUCUCAGAAAGCUCAGAAGACACAAGAAUGAUUUCCCUCUAAUCUAGUUUUACUGCAGCACUGAAUUGUGUUGUCAGCCAUGUUGUUUGUGGCUGAAACAAGGAUUUUCUGAUUGCUGCUUUGUAUAUCUGUAGUUGUUGUCUUUUCUACCCAAACAUUGCUGGAUCAGCUGGCUGUGAGAAUGACAGAACAAAUGUCAUUUUCUAAUAUGCUUUUGCAACAUUGAUCCUGUCCAGCCGUGUUGAUGUAAUGGAUCCUGUGUUGCCAUAAUCACUGUGCAUCCCCAUAGUUUCAUGCCAACGUUUCAAAUGUGAAUAGCUCAUUUGUUUUUGUACUGGUCUUUUGGUUUUCUACAUAAAGUAAAGUUGUUUACAGGA